UCCGUUACAUUUUUUUAUGUAAACUUCGUCCACUUCGUUGCGUUUGAUUCUCUGAUUUGAUGUUUUGAUCCAAAAUCUGGCAGUGUACAACUUUGGGACUUUCAAGAGUGAUGGUGUGGUUCAAAUCCAAUCAAAUCUACGUACACUAAGAUUGCUUCCCCUACAAAACUAAGGCCAAAAAGUGUUAUGUCAAAGCUACAGCUGUAUUAGAGACAAAUGCAUAUAAAGCUGAGCCCAGUUUCCAGUUUCAACCAUCUUGUUAUCCAAUGAGUUUUUUCUUUUGCAGUAAGAGUAAGUUGAGCUAAAAGGAAAAGGCCCGCUUCACCAUUUGGUGAGUCCAAAGCUUUAGCUAAACAACCAGUGCUUGGUUUGGACAGAAAACCAUGAAGAAAGUUUCAGUUACUUCCCACAAUUUGGGAACAUUGCCCAGCCCGGGAGCUCCUAGUUACCGGGAUAAGAGUGUUGGGAGCCAAAAGGGUUGGAGCUCAGAACGUGUACCACUGUCAAGUAAUAGAAGCCGAAGGAAUUCAAGUAGCGCUUCCUUUUUGUUGCCAUUUAAUAGUGGAAAGACUUUGCCUUCAAAGUGGGAAGAUGCUGAGAGGUGGAUUUGUAGCCCUGUUUCAGGAAAUGGUAUGGUUAAACAUUCAAGUUCUCAGCCUCAUAAAAGGCCUAAGUCCAAGAGUGGUCCAAUUGUGACGCCUCCAGAGGUUGUGUACUACUCCAAUUAUUCACCAGCAGUGCAGGGAUUUGAAGGUGGCAGUGUGAGGAAUAUGAUGGUGGGUUCUCCUUUAUCAGCUGGAGUAUUGGCUGCUGAUAGUGUUGUUGUUCAUUAUGGUAAUUCUAAUGGAGAACAAUCUUAUUUAAUGCAUUCUGAAAAUACGAAUUGGGUACAACAAUCUCCUAGUUUGCCUGGAUGGUUGGAGUUGUUGAGUGAGCCUUCAUUGUCUAGCUCUCAAGAUGAGAAACUUGAUGAAACUGAGGAAAUCAUGGAUUCUGGUGCUGUUUCACGAAGAGAUAUGGCAACCCAAAUGAGCCCUGAUUGUGGCUUCCACUCAUCUCCAAGAGGGAAGUCUCCAUUUUCUCCGACUCAUCAACCUUUGCCAUCUAAUAUUGUGGAAACAGAAGGUGACAAUUCUGCUAAAUUAGAAAUCAGGGAUGUGGAGGUUGACAAACGAGCUACUGUUAUUAGGUGGUCUAAAAGACGUACUAGUAAUGUGAAUAAGAAAGGGUUGCCACACGUUGAAGACCUGAAUAAAAAUUCUGAGGAAGCUCAAGCUUCAUCUUGGAAUAUUGCAGAGUCAGAAAUGAACAUUUCAAAGUUGCAAAGAGAGGAAGCCAAGAUCACUGCAUGGGAAAACUUGCAGAAGGCCAAAGCUGAAGCAGCAAUACAAAAACUUGAGAUGAAAUUAGAAAAGAAGAAAUCAUCAUCAAUGGAUAAGAUCUUAAACAAGCUGAGAGUUGCACAGAUGAAAGCCCAAAAAAUGAGAAGCACAGUUUCAGUCGAUGAAGUCCCCAAGAGUAAUCACAAGAUUUUUUCCUUCAAAAAGUAUGUGCAGAUGGGUUCCUUCAGCGGUUGCUUUACCUCCUAUGCGUCCUAAAUCCUCAUAUAUGUUUUGCACCAGAGUGUUGAUUGGAUUCUACAUUCUCUCUAGGUGAGAAGAACUGCGUUCACCAGCCAAAUUUGGAUGUUAAAAGUAGUCUAAGAUAAAAGGCCAAAUUGCUGCAGUAAGAAGAAUGACCGUAGUUUCUUUUCAAUUCAAAAGCAAUGAUUCACCACAUUUGUCAUCGGUGACUGGUAUAGAAGCUCUUCUAGCUAUUGUGCUCUUUAAUAUGUUUUGUUAAGAAGUCCCAUAUGUUGCAUUAUACGGAUACAUGAUGUGUUUAAUGAUUAAAAUUUUGUGCAUCAGACCAUGAGGGUAUUCUUGGAUACUUAAGACAUUAUAGUUUAGUGUGAAUACAAAUUUUCUUUUACAUGGUUUA